UGGGACUCCACUCAAGUGGAGCUGCAUGGACUCUACUCGGAAGCGCGCGUGUUGGAGAUGGCCAAGUAUUCCGCCGAGACGAGCUGGCUACGGGUGAUCGCCGUGCUAUUCACCACUCCACUCCCGUGUUUAAUCGUGACAAUAGCGGUUGAUGUUCUACCGCUCGCCGAUCCGUCUGAAGGACUUGGCGCUAACAAGAUGUUCUUCGCAAGGAUAUUUUACACCUUCAUAGUGGUUUCCGUUCUCGUCGUGCAGCAGUUCCGGAUGAGUGUACCGCUACUUCCGUACCCUUUAAAGCGCAUCUUGGUCGAGUCGAUGCUUAUAUCAGCUUGCGUUGUUGGGAUUUUCUACGGAGUUGCCCAGACUAUUGGCUUCCCGGUGCCGUUCGGGCUACUGAUGAUGGUUCCGCUUUGGGCGACUCUGAUCGUGAUCGCUAUGACAGUAGCUUGGGCAAAGAAGGUGAGGGAAACGCCAGGAGCAGCGACGAUGAUUGUCAACGCCGCUAAACUGUGGGUAUGUCAAGUGUCGCUGACUUUCACGUACCCUCCGUACUUUUACAUCUUCACGACGUUGCCCAAGGGCGGGAAAACAGCGCUUGCGCUGUUGUUGCCUCUGAUCAAAUUGUUCAUGAGAAAUGUUGUGGCACGGACAGUGACUCACCUGAAGGACGAAAUGCCUGAAGUCGUGGUAUUCAACUGCGACGUCUUCAACGCGCUUUUCGUGUCUUACUGCAUGCAGAACUCGCCGACGAUUUGGAUCACGCUGGAAAUUAUGUUCUUCGAUGUAGUGAUGAUGACGUUCUCACUCCGCGGUGCAAGAAGCAGUCGUCGCUACCUGAAGGAUCUAGAGCUGAAAAUUGAACAACAACACAACUUGGAUGGUAUCAAAAGUUUUCGUGACCACAACGGGGAGGCAACUACUACGUUACGACGAGCUACUUUUCUACUGUGCCGUGCUGGUAACUUGACACCAGAAGUGACCCUGGUAUCCCGAGCUAGAAACCCCACGCGGAUAGCCCCGAGUCCUAUUCUCGUGAAUGGAGCGGCAGGAAGCAAAAUUGCUAAACAAUCUUUUGUAGCUAGGCCGAAAACUUUGGAGAAUGCGCUUGUACCAGCGCAGAAUUUGUCAUUGGAAACACAACUAGCCCCAAAUCUGGAGCAUGUUGUACACGAGUUUCCCAGACUUCAAGCACGCUAUAUCCACAAGGUCCAGAGGUUGCUCUACGCAGCAGAAUUUCUGCUUCUUCUCAACUUCGUCGAGGUCGUCAUCCCAUUGGUGUUUUCUAUCUACAUAACCUGCAUGUUUUAUCUGCCCAACGGCAACUACUAUGCUCAAAUUCACGGGAUGAACCAAACUGAGCUAGUGGAGACGCUAAAAAGUGUGCAGUUUUACUGUGGCCUCCAGAUCGCAUCACUGCUUCUGCUUUGCGUUGCACUGCACCAAAUUUUGGGACUUUCUCCUGUUCAUCAGCUCGCAUUCGUAUUGGAAAAGCAAUUCGUUGGAAUUCAGAACAAAAUGAUAUUUUGGGUGUUUUACAAUGUGCAGGCUUCGUUACAGCACAAUGGUUACGACUACACAUUCAAAUUCCCUUGGCUG